CCACUCUGUCAAUUUAGUCUUCAGAACUGAAGGAAGGUUCCGAAUAGCCAUAGACACAGUUCUUGUUAAGGAGACCUCCCAGAAGACAACAUGAAGCUGCUAUUUAUAUCGGCGCUGUUGAUCGCAUGGAUUCCUCCAAUGAGAAGUACACCUUGUAAAACGGUCGUCCGCAUAAAGCAAGAAGCCAUGGAGUAUGCUUGUCAGACCCAAAGAAUAUCUCUCCAGAAUGCAUUUGGACUCAUAUCAAUUCCUUCAGUGAUACAAAGGAAAGAGUCAGGAGGACUAUUUGGAAAUGGAGGUCUACUUGGAAUGGGAACGUCAGUUGUGGGCGGUGUCCUUAACAUUGCUGGGAUAAAGAUACACAGUGUGCAGCUUCCCGAAAUCGAUGUGAAGUUCAUGCCAAAUAUCGGAGUACAAGUUUCUAUAGACACCAGUCUACACAUCAGUGCAAGACUAGUCCUUGUUGGAGAAAUUGCAGUCAAAUUAGGAGCGGGUAUUACUGCAGAGCUCCUUGUCCUUAGGACAGGCAAAGGAUUACCAAUUAUUGAGGUUUCUGCUUGCAAGUCUUUAUUAGGAGGCAUACAAAUCACGGCAGGAGGAAAAGGGUUGGUUCCAGGAAUAUUUGAUGCAUUAAGAGGACACAUUCAAGCCAUUCUAACUGACAAGCUCUGUGUAUCUGUUUCAAAUGUAUUUUUGGGAUUGAAUGCCGACCUCGGAUUGCUUGUGGGUGCAAAGCGUAUUGGCAACGACCUUGGCAUGCAGUACAUCAUGCCCACUCCACCAGUAGUGAAUAAGGACUACAUGGACAUGGAUAUGAAUGUGGAAUAUACCGUAGAUGAGAAAGUUGUGGACCUCCCAACUGGAAGCAAAGACUUCACACUCCCACCUGGAGCUGGCAACGAGAACUCAAUGGUCAACAUGGGCUUUUCGAAAGAUUUCUUCAUCUCUCUAUUUGCAGCAUUUCAGACAUCAGAAGGAUUUGAUUUUGAAAUCCUACCAUCCUCUCCUACUGUGGGUCGUUAUCUGAAAACAUCUGUGCUGGGAUCCAGUAUCCCCGAGAUCACCCAGAAAUACCCCCGCUCUCUACCGGUGAAUAUCAAGAUUAUGCUCACCCAGACACCUAUAGUCACAUUGAGGUCCAACCAGCUUAUAGUCCAGAUUUCUCCUCAUGUAGAGUUUUCUGUUGUCAUGCCUAACUCACGUAUUCAGAAUCUGAUGGCAAUCAAUGUGGGAGCAAAUUUACUUGCCAAGUUGGAAGUUAAAGGAGGAAAGCUGAAGACAUCAGUGUCACUGCAAGGAGAUCUUAGCCUUGCAAUGGUAUCAUCUUCUUUUGGAAAAGACAGAUGUAAUUUAUCAGUGCUGGCUGAAUUCAUGAGAACGGUAUUUGAGAAAGCCUACCUUCUCCAGAUUAAUGCGGACCUGAGUGUUGGAGUAACUCUGCCGUCAUUACCCAAUGUACAACUUACUAAUGAAGUCAUGGAGGUCAAGGAAGAUUACGCGGUUAUGUCCUGUGAUCUUCAAUAUGUCAAGUAAACGACAUAAAUAUACAACUCUGAAGACAUUUUACAUUCAUGUCAAGGAAAGAAUACAUUUAAGUGGCUGUCCCAC